AUGUCUGAUUCGGUGCCCGACGACCUGUGGCGGAGGCGCAUUCUGCCGUCCCUUCUCGUCCAUGAGGCGGUCUGUGUCCGAGCGACCUGCCGGGCGAAGGCGGCUCUCGUAACCGCCGCUCUGCUGGUGGAGCGCAUCGACGGCUCCCUCGCCCGCCACUCCCUCACCGGCCUCAUCGAUAUCGACCGCACCGCCCCUCUCCCAUUCACCUAUGUGCUGCGGGCGGCCUAUGUGCUGGAGCAGGGCAGCAACGAGUGGCGUGCGAUGGGGCGGUUCAUCCGGCUGGCCGCCAUCCAUCGGCUGACGCCUGCCAAUGGGCUGCCCCUGGUGCUGUCGGCUCAGUGGCUGACAGCCCACCUUCCCAGCAGGACGGCAUUCCACCAGCUGUCAUUGGCGAUGGCCAUCUAUCGGCUAUUCGGCCACCUGCUCACAUACAACACACACAGCCUGGCGCUGCAGCAAGCCGACAACGGGAGCUAUCGGAUCGGCAAUUUGGAGUCGUUUCGUGUGGUGCCGUUGGGCGAGCUGCCGGGCGGCCAUCCCUAUGCUGACGGCUACAAGCGGACUGACCCCGUCAUCCGCCGGGCCAGUUACCUCUUCCUCUCAUUCUCGGCACUCCUGCUGCACAGGCUGCUCGUCUGGUGGUCGACUGGAGAGGGGGUGGCCAAGAGGAGGGUGCUUUAG